AUGAAGGUAACUGCAGAGAAGAGAGUAAGGGGGGGAUUUACCAUCACUCACAUGCUGCGCUCGAUCAUUCCCUCUUUUGUGAGGUGGACAAUGAGAGCCAGGGGUACAGGGCUUAAAAAGGAUACGCUCACUGUUACAGCCAGCAACCCUGGAGAGACACCAACCAACCCGGAGUUGCUGCAUGUUUAGCAGGACAUUGCUUCCCCCAGCUUCUACACGAUGCUGUAUACUUUAGCAGGAGGAGGCACGCUGUGCGGUUUGGCUGCCCUCGUGCUGCUCAUCGUAUCUACGGCGACGGACUUCUGGAUGCAGUAUCGAUACUCGGGUAGCUCAGCCAAUCAGGGCCUUUGGAGGUUCUGCAUCAACCACAAAUGCCAUGCCCAUACCAUAACUGUCGCUUUCUGGGAUGCGACAAGGGCCUUCAUGUUGCUGGCAGUGCUGAGCUGCUUUGCUGGUGUGGUGCUCGGCCUGAGCGCUUUCACUAAUGGCACCAAGAACAGGAGGGUUCGCACAGGUGGCAUCGCCCUGGUCCUCUCAGGUUUUCUUGCUCUGUUGGCUCUUGCAAUUUACACCGGAGUGACUGUCACUUUCUUUGGCAAACGCUUCUUGGACUGGCGCUUCUCCUGGUCCUACAUCAUAGGCUGGGUGGCCAUCAUUUUGGCUUUUGCAGCAGGUGUGUUUCAGCUCUGUGCUUACCAGCGGACCACUGCAGAACCUGCUCCUUCAAAUGCCCCAGACAGUUGA